UGAAAAUUGAAAAACCCUAUCAGUGAUUGAUCGACUGUCCGAGUAGAAAGAAUUCUCAGCAGUUCAUCACUGAAAAGCUUGAAAUGGCUGCCAAUGGAGGUUCUGCGUUAGAUAGGAAGCAGUUGGUCGCAUCGGUGCUGGCCAAACACUUCUCCUUAGAUUUUAGUUCAUUAACCGGAGAAAGUAUGGAUUUUAAGACCUAUGUAGUAAACCUCUUGAAAACAUCAAGAAAUGGUGCUUCUAUCGAUGAUAAUGAUGAGGUGAUGAAAUGGAUUACAUUUGCAGACAGCUUUCCUGUAGAUUCUAAGGCAUGCCUUGAGGUUCUCAAACAAUUAAAUGAAGAAUUGGUUCAAAAGUCUGUACUUUUGGGUAAUGGAUUGAAGACAUCUGAAGCUGAUGUAAUUGUGUUUUCAGUACUACACCCUUCUGUGAUUGGCCUUUCAACAGCAGAGAGAGAAAAGUUGCCACACAUUUUAAGAUGGAUAGAUUAUAUCCAGAACAAAGAGAAUAUUGGGGAGUUGUUUCAAAAGAUACAGCUAGAGAAAUGCAACUUUGAUCCUCCAUUGCAGGGAAAAGUUGUUGCCAACAAUGUGGAGGAAGAUUCAAACGCCAAGAAGUCUUCGCAAAGCACCAAGGUUUCAGAUAAGCCUCAACUGAACCCAGACACUAAGAAAACUGAUCCGGGGAAAAAAGAGAAGGACAAAAAAGAAGCUGCACCUGAAAAGAAGAAACCACUUGAAACAGAAACAACGGAUAAAGAAAAGGAAGUUAGCGUUAGUUUGUUGAAUAUACGUGUUGGGCUUAUUCGAAAAGCGUGGAAACAUCCAUCUGCUGACAGUUUGCUGGUUGAGGAGAUAGAUGUUGGAGAGGCCAAUGUGCGACAGGUUGUCAGUGGUCUGGCAAAGUUCUGUAGUCCAGAGGAAUUGACGAACCGCCACGUUGUUCUUAUCACUAAUGUAAAACCCGGAAAGCUACGAGAUGUGAUGUCCCAGGGAUUGGUGUUGUGUGCGUCUAAUGAAGAUCACACCAUCGUGGAGCCUUUGCUUCCUCCUGAAGGAGCCAAAAUUGGUGAACAAAUUUCAUUUGCGGGGGUUGAUGGGAAGCCAGAAGAUGUUCUCAACCCCAAAAAGAAACAACUGGAUAAGAUAACACCGCAUCUUUUCACAGACGACAAGGGCGUGGCGAUGUACAAAGGAAUACCGUUCAUGACAUCUGCAGGAGCAUGCACGUCGUCGAUCCCGAAGGCAAGCAUCAAAUAAUUGCAUCAUAGCCAUGGUAGAGGAGAGCUUCACAGCCAGAAGGAUCCCUGAACACUGCGCUACUUGGCGAACCAAACAGAGUCACUUUUGAAGAGAUUUUGCACUGGUUCAUCAAAUCAAAUGGGCCUUCAUAAUUUCAGGUAAUGUAUCGUUGUAGUUCUUUUGGUCUUAAAAAUGACAUUUUCUGAUUUGAAUUUAUGAUAUUUAGAAUUGACAUUAUGUUCGUAUGAUGUCAAAGGGUCACAUUUUUGUUUUAGAUGAAUCUCAAUCUCCCAACAACCAUAUUUUGUUUA